AUGGGCAGCUGUAACAGCAGUACCCCGAGUGCCGACACGGAGUUUCGGACUGCAGAUGUGCAGAAACAUCCGAGCCUGCUGUCUUUGUCCCUGCGCACAAACGUGAAGUUCGGGUGGCACCCGGACUUGCCGGACCAUCGUGAUCACCACAUGGUCUUCAACACGGUAAGCGCGCCCAGCCAUAUCAAGAGGAAAACCGAGGGAGACAAAGAGAUCAUUGACCUGAGACCCCUGAACGGUGGCUUCCCCAUCUUCGAGCAGGGAAACCUUGGCAGCUGCACGGCAAACGCUUUGGCAGCAGCCUUUCACUUCACUCUGCACAAGAUGACGGUGGAGGACCAUAAGGAUUUCGCUGACUUCACCCCAAGCCGACUGUUCAUCUACUACAAUGAGCGCGUGGUGGAGGGGAGCGUGAACCGGGAUGCUGGGGCGAUGAUCCGCGAUGGCAUCAAGACCAUGGCCAAGCUGGGCGUUUGCCCCGAGAGUGUUUGGAAGUACGACGACGGCCCCGACUUCUUCAAGCAGCAGCCGGAUUCCAAGGCAUACGAGAUCGCAGCGAAGUGCAAGGUUAUGGGCUAUGCCCGUGUUAAGCAGACGCUAGACCAGCUGAAGAUGUGCAUUAAGAGUGGCUACCCUUUUGUCUUCGGCUUUGCCGUCCUCUCAAGCUUCCAGACAGCAGAGGUAGCCCGAACCGGGAAGAUGGUGAUGCCCCAACCGCACGAAAAGCAGCUGGGCGGCCACGCUGUGUGCGCUGUGGGCUACGACGACUUCCAGCAGUGCUUCAUCGUCCGCAACUCCUGGGGUGCAGAGUGGGGUGACAAGGGCUACUUCUACAUGCCUUACCACUACAUACUGCAUCCGCUCCUGUGCUCAGACUUCUGGGCUAUCAACUGGGUCGAGGCCUUCAAGACCGCCGGUCCCAAGAACCUCAUCAAGUGA